ACAAGGACGCCGGUGAUCGGACACGAUGAAGCGGAAAUGAACCAAAACGAAGAAAACACCGCCGGUGCCGGCACCGGCACAGAUCGAUACCGAUGGUGGGCCGCCGCGAGUACAGGUCAGUUACUAUGGGGAAUUUACGCAUAUAGGAGAGGUUUUGCCGGCGAAUGUCGAAUGAUGCCGCUUAAAGCCUUCGCCGUCGCCUCGCUUUUCGUCGGCGCUACCGCUUCUGCCUCCAUGGCUUCUCUUCGCGCCUGUGGCAUCCACUCAGUAGAAGACAUGAAGGUUGUCGGGGCAAGCAUAAGAACCGGACUUGGGUUGACACGAAGGGCACAAGAAGACUAAAAUUUACCUUGGAGCACUUUGGUGAAUCAGUAGCCUAAAGAUGAUUGACCAAGGAAAAUCUCCAUCUUUGUGUAGUUUCUUGCUAAAUCAUUCCAAGGGGAGCACAUACCCGAAAAGGUAUCCACCCCAGGCAUGUACUGAAGUAAUAAGUACAUGACAUAUGUUUUUCACAUACAAGGUUAAUUACUUGAUCGUGGUUAAUUCAUACUUGAUGGAUAAGUCAUGUUGCAUCUUAUUGGUUUCUGUUAACACGUAUGAGAAAGUAGCAGCUUGCUAACUCAUUGAUACCUUUUAUUUUCUU